AUGUUUAGCUACACGAAUGAGCCACUGGACAACUGUAAUCUGAAAUCUUUCCCGUACUCUACAUAUCGUUAUGGCUGGCUGGAGCAGUUUCGGGCAGUUGAAGGAGUUGUUAUUGCAAACCUUCCCAGUUCUGCAGAGGAUAUCGUAUCUGUGAAGCGUUUCGAUGACGAUGGCGCAAUAUUCAUUAUUUAUUCCGAUGCCACUUUGAAUAGGAUAGCGAUCGAAACGCACCACACGCAAUUCUCACCGCUAUGGUCGAUGCAACUGCUUCACGAGGAAGCCCAUGAGUAUCUCAGAUACUAUUUUGCAAUCGAUUCGUCACAGAAGCGCCUUUUCUUUGUACAGAAUAAUGAAGUGAAAUAUGCAGAAUUAUCUUGUUCAUAUUUUUACGACAGCUGUGAUUCCAUGGAAAUAACGGGUUGGUCCGAUCCAAUGCAGUGCCGUUGGUGUGCAAUGAAAAAUGGCUCUGGAUAUGCUUUCUCGCUUGAACAUGGCGGCACAUGUCAGCAUUAUUUAGUUGAAAAACUUUGUGCGCCGUAUAUUGAGCAUGUAAGCUUCCUUUGUUUAUGUUAG